UUUAGCGCGUAGACUUUCGUUCUGAAGUCGACCGCGUAUCUAAGUUCAUGCGCAUUGUUUUAGUCAUCGGGGAGUCUUUCGAUUUAAAACUACCUUUUUUACAAUCCGAACCUUCUCCGGAACUAAUGACCUGUGUCCUGAAGAGAUAGGCCCAGGGCUUGCCUUAUGUUUUGAGGAUUUGUUCCCCAUCGUUCUUAGUCACAAUGCUAACUAGCUAGCUAAUGCUAAUGUAAGCUAACUCGACACCAGGAUAUUUAACGAAUAAUAGCGAUGAAACAGUUUCUCGAUUGUUCUCACGUCAGUUAUCUAAUAAAGGAGAGGUCGACAAGUACACACUAACCAUUUUGGAUGGCGGUGGCGCCCGCCUCGAUGGCGGAUAAGAUCAUAGUCCUUGAUGAUGAUGAAGAGGAUUCUCCCCAGCCCUCCUGCUCUGCCUCCACUUCGUCAUCGAAGCAUCAAGCCAAAAAUGUUUCACCUCUCAAAGCUCAGCAGUCUGCCCCUACACACAUUACGCAGUCACCCUUUGCUUCUGCAAAGAAGGAUGCACAUGUUCUGCAGGUGGAAAAUGAGAGAUUGUUCGCUGAGUUUGUGGAGCACUGUUCAGCUCUCACUAAGGACUGCCCUGAGGUCUUGACUUUCCUCCAAGCCAAGCAUUCAAAGGCAUCCCCUGACUUUCUUUCAUCCGUGGAGUUCAGGAACACUUUAGGACGGUGUCUGACUCGUGCUCAGGCCAACCGCUCUAAAACCUUCGUCUACAUUAAUGAACUGUGCACCGUACUCAAGCAGCAUGCAGCCAAGAAGAGACAGACCCUCACCAAGGUUGAAACUGGGUCUUGUACCUCAACAUCAAAUUCUGUCCAGUCUACCUCUGCUACACUCAAAAGUAAAGACAAGACUAAAGAUAAGAAGGGUAAAGAGGAGGAGGAAAGUGGAGAACUGGUUACAGAUGAUAAACAACCGUCCACGUCUGGGCUGCAGGAGGGCGCAGAGGUCAACGAGAGGGAGGAGCAGGACGCAGAGAGAAGAGAGAGAAGAGCAACUAGGAAACAGAUAGCGUACCUGGAGAACCUAUUGAAGGUGUACAACGAUGAGAUCUGCCGCCUGCAGCGAGCUGAGCUCAGUUUGGAUGAGCUUGGAACCGAGGAUUCUUCAUACAUCCAGGAGCACAAACUCAAACGCAAGAUGAUGAAGAUUUAUGAAAAGCUGUGUGAGCUGAAGGGAUGCAACACUCUAACAGGCAGAGUCAUUGAGCAGAAGAUCUCCUACAAAGGCAGUCGUUACCCUGAAAUCAACAAGAAGAUUGAACGUUUCAUCAACAGCCCUGAGGUGCAGAGGAAUCCUCCAGAUUACCAAGACAUGCUCCAGCUGGUUCUGCGAGCCAAUGAGCGAUACAACCUAUGCCUGAGCAGGAAACAGCUGAACCAGAUCGCUGAGGAGGCUUUCAGAGAGACCGGGAGCCGCAUGCAGGAGAGGCGUCACCUUGACCUGGUGUACAACUUUGGUUCACACCUCACUGACCCCUACAAGCCAGCCACUGACCCGGCUCUGUUGGACACCUCACUGCUGCGGAAGCUGCGCUCAAACAGAGAGGUGGCUCUGUCCCGUCUGGAAGAGGUCAUCACCAAGUAUGCCGUCAAACAAGAGGACAUGCAAGAGGAGGAGAGGCUCAGACGACAGGACAAAGACAAUAAGGAGAAAGAGGGUCAUAAAUCUGAGAAAGGAGAGAAAAACGAGGCAAACGGAGUGGAGGGGGAAGAAGAAGAGAUAGAGGAUGAUGAUGAUGAAGAUGAUGAUGAAUCUUCAGACCCUGACAUUGAAGAGGAGAUUCAGGCCAGCACUCAGCAGGAUGGACCAGAUGAUGAUGAAAAUGAGGAAGACGACAGCAAUGAGGCAGAACAAGGGUGUGAUGACGCCAACAAGGAUGAUCAGAUUGGCCAGCUGUCAGGAAGCGUUUCUGCAGAGGAAGAAGAAACAAUAAAAUAUGAUGACGAGGAGCCUCCCACAAGUGGACUGAGUCCUCUCUCUUCUGAAACCAAGUCUCAAAUUUCUCCACUGUCUGACAUCCCCUCCCCCAGACACAGCCCCAGCCAAUCAGAGGCCAUGCAGACUGAUGAAAGCAGGCCGCUGUCUAAUGGUAACUCAAUAGGGUUAAAUGAACCUGUGGAUUCCUCCAAUCAUGUUUCAGUUGUGCUGGUGAGCACGAGCAAAGGCUCUGCAAACCCCUCAGAAGUCUCCCCAGUAGCAGCCAAUGGGGCGUCUCCAUCGCAGGAUGUCAUCAUAGAAAAAUGCGACUUGCAGAUGACAACAAGUACUUCACCGCCACCCAGCCCCCGAACCACGAGGAGCCAGAAGAGGAAGCGAGAGGAUUCUACUUCAGGGAACUCCAUAAAUACAAAGCACAUAAUCAUCAAUGACAGUGAGGUCGACAUCCCUCUGGACAUGGGUGUUUAUAGCUGCAAUUCCCCGCAGCAGGCCGAGUCCACCCGAGCAGAGACUCCAACCUGGGAAAUGGUCAGCCGCUCACAGAGGACGCCGCCUCCCAAGAAAAAUAAGGUCAACGUAGCAACUCAGUGUGACCCUGAGGAGACCAUCGUCCUCUCUGACUCGGAUUAACGUCCGCUUGUCUUCUGCCGUGUAAAGACUUGUUGAAGAUCAAUCCAUGCUUUCCAAAUCGAAACUGUGAAACACAGGGAAAUCUAUGAAAUUAGCACCUAGUCUCAGCUUUUGAAAGUAGUACAAAAGCUGAGGUAAGUGUUUUUUUUGCUAAGGAUUUAAAUAAAAUACGAACUUUUGAAUGAAAGCUGCUUUAACGAGAUGUUCUUUUUGGGGGAAAAAUCAGGGUUUAAGCUCUCUGUUGUAGGAUGAUCAGUGCUUGACUUGAACUUUGUGUUUAUGUGGUUUGGUAAAGUAAUCAGUGCCUGAAAACACAAACUGUUCAGUGGGGUGUGCAGCUUGGAUCGGGGGGAGCUUUGCUUUCUCAGACACUCGACUGGAGAGGGCUGGGUUGGCUCACUGCCAGUUUGUUUACAUUUUUGUGUUUCAAUCCUAAUUUUUUUCCAAAAAGUGGAAGCUAGCAUUGGUUUGUAUAGAUAGAGUUUUGCAUUUAUGUUACAUUUGCUGUCAAUAUUUAUGCAUUGAAUCCACAAACCACUCCACAGUUGACACAAUUUGUGGGCUGGAGUAGUGAUGAUGGAGAACAUGAUAUUUAAAAUUUUCCUUUCAUGUCCCUCCUACACUUUUCUGUUUUAGUUUUAAUGUAAAGUUGUUUUUUUUAAUUCUGAGCUCUGUCUGCUACAGAACAGAUGAAUAGUUUCUCUUUGUUUAAAUAAGGAAAACAACCAACCCCACAGCAGUUUAAAAGAUAAGUCAAGAAUUAUCAGUCAACAAAGCCAGUUCAAAAUUUUAAUGGAUACUAUAUUCACUUAUUGGCAGCCAUAAAUUUGUUCUUCACUGUACCAUUCUGAUUAUUUUUUCAAAAAACCUUAAAACACACGGCUGCUGCAGUGUUUCCCCUUUUGUCAACACACUGGGUUUUCAGAUGUAUUUAACCAUUAAAGUGUCUUUUAUUUGCUCUUACAGGCAGUGUUUCUUGAGUGAUCAGAUUUUUCUGACCUGUGUGCAUACAUGGCAUUUUUGGCUAAAAGUUGGAGGGCCAAGCAUCAAAUCUUUUAAUGACCCAUUCUUCUUUUUCCUGCUGAUCUCAUUGUAAUACAUUUUUAAAAUAAUAAAUCUUUGGGCUAAUUCUCUUCAGAAAUGUAGAUAUGGAAUGUAGUUUUGUAGCCUGCUAGGCUUCAUGGAUGCAGAAGAGGGACACUUGUCUCACUGUGACUUCUUU